UCCCCGCCAGUACCCAGCCCAAGCUGGGGAAGCUAAUGAUGCAACCAGCGGACCAAAUUCAGUGAUGAAUCCUGGCCAUGUGCCACCUGAGCACGUUGUGUGUACACUAAGAGGACAGUCUAACAGUGCUAGGUGUCUCGUGAAAAAAAUCUCUCUUUGGGAUUUCUGUGGCCCCCACUGUAUCUCAGCAUCUCACAAGCUUUCCUGUGUUUAUUCUCACAACACCCCUGUGAAGUAGGGCGGUGCUAUUAUCCCCAUUGUACAGAUGGAAAGCAAUGGAAGUUAGGAGCCUAAAUAUCUUUGUUGGUCUGGGCCUGUGUAACUCCAAGAUCACACAGGGAGUCUGUGGCAGAACAGAAAGUUCCCUGAGUUGUAGCCUUACACCCUAACCACUGAACCACCCUUCCUCACUAGCUCCCUAGAAACGCCCGUCAUGUUUUAGAGAUGUUGUUCUCCACCAUCCUGCGACUGACUUAGUUAUUUAACCACACCCACAAAGACUGUCAUAAUCAGCUGAAGACGUCCUUCAAAUGAGUCACAUUGCGGGAUACUCAGAGAAAGGAUGGGGAAGGCAGCAGAGUCUGGUAGGACACCACUGGUAGGAGUUAGACCAGGCAGGAGGAUGUUGAGAAGCAGAAGUGAGAGCUGGAGCCACAAACUGUUCAGCGCUCCCUGAGUCACUUCAGAUUAGUACAUAGUGAACAUCUCAACAUUUGAAAGGAGAAGUAACUGGAGGGUGAAUCGCUACUGGGUCCUAGGCUUGAGGCAAUCCCAGUCACGAGGCAUGUUGCAGUGAUUGACCUCAGAGCCUGGGAUGGAAAUGGAUCCAUCAGCUGACUCAGUCUAGGCAAAACAUGUCCAUUCAGCUCAGCAUGGCUGAGCAUGUGAACUGCAAAGAGGUCAGAAGUAGCCACAGAAAGGGUCAAAGAGAGCCUGGCCAGGCCAGGCUUGUGGAUAGAUUACUACUGGAAUAUCUAGCUGCCAGGUUUUUGCUGGUGAAAUGGUGAUGGUCAGAGAGCAAUCCUUUGAGCAAGGCCUGAGGAGGAGGAAGGUCAGCACUGAAAAGGUAGACUUGGGAAAGGAAGACUCCAGAGCUUUGGGAAAGGAUGUGGUGAAAUUCUAGGGCCUGGCAAGGCAACUGUAGGGAUUUAGAACCUAAUCCAAAGGCCACAGUAUUUCCAUUGGCAGUAAUGGGUUUUGGAUCAGGACUUUAGGGCACAACCUAAGGCCAGGGCAACUUUGGGAGCAGAUGAGAGAGAAAAUCACCACCACCUGCCAGAGGAGAGUUCUCCAGAGUGCAGGAGGGUGCCAGCUAAAUCCUGCCUCGGGUGCCAUGGGCCCAUAACAUGCUGCAUCAUCUGCUGCGUGCGCAUGCCACGCUCUGGGCUGGCAUCGUUUUGAAAGCAUGCGUUGUGUCCUUUGCUGUUUACAGAACAAGAACAAUGUGACGAGCCCACAGGGGCACAUAUAGGCCCCACAUCACCAUACACAAGCGUGCCAGGCCUAGCGAUAGGCAUAUUGCCUUUCUGAUUGGUUUUCGUUCGCUUCUAAAUGAUAGAAUACAGUGCACUCCAGUAGACAGCUCACAAACUAUUUAAGGAGUUGCUACCCGGUUCCUAUACAGCAUAACAUGGCCAUGUAGCAAGGACACGCCUUCGAUCUGCAUGGACAAGGGGUAAACUCCAGGUAAGCUGCCCCCCUACCCUUGUUGCCCAGUGCUCAGGGCUAUACGAGCAUUUGAUUGGGAGGGUGCCAGACUCUGCAGGACUGGAUUGAAUCCCACACAGAGUCGUUUCCCUGUUCUAUCUAAUCUUUAAUGUAUUUUAUUUACCCUUGUAAUGCCUGGGAGGUGGGACGGUGCUAUCACCCCAUUGCACAGAUGUGGAAUGGAGGCACAGAGAAACUUUGCAAGUUCCCCAAGGUCACACAGAGAGUCUGAGGGACAGCCUGGAAUUGAACCAAAGUCCCAGCCUAGCACCCUAGCCCUUGGAACACCCUUCCUCUCUAUCGUUGCCCGGGCUCUCCUCAGUCCUUCUUGGCUUAUUUUAACUCUUUUCGAUUUCUUGUUGUUCGAGGGGGGGAAAAAAUCACCUAUCUGAGCCUGUUUCUUUUUUUCUGUUGAGUCAUACGACAGUCACGCUGGCUGUGAAAUUGCUGCACUGCCUGGGCCAAGUAGUAGUACCCCUUUAUGGAGAACUGAUCUGUGUGUGUAAAAAAGCAGAGCACGGUGCUUUUCGGUAGAGUCUGUGCUUGUAAAAGAGACUUUCAGCUUGGUUUGCAGCAUGGUUAGGCCAGUGCUAGGCUAGGAAAAACUGGACCGGUAAUUCCCCACUUCUGGGAGCGGUAGAACAGGCAAGAUCCGGUGUUUUAUCGCUGUGCUGUCUGCCCCAACCUUGACUCCAUUCCUCAGGAUGAAGAGAAGGAUUUCCAGUCAGACAGGCCCCAAAACUGUGCUUUUUGAGGCGGGAAAACCCUUCACGAGGAGCCUGUCUCUUCCUUUGAAGCACCGGGGGCUGGCUACAUGCUGGCACUGAAUAAUCUCACAACAAACCUGGCAAGGGCAGCAGAGAUGAUGCGCUGGGUGCCCCUGAGCAGCAGGAUGAGUUAGAAAACAAUUAGGAAAAGUCCAACCUUAUUUCCUCCAUCAAACUCCCAGUGUUCAGAGCACCAUGCCCCGAAGCUAAGUAAAGGGAAGAAAGCAAGAGCUUGUGCAAGCACCGAGGGCUAGAGCCGAUGGCCUCCGGUUGCCACUAGAAUCCUUUCAGGCUGGAGGAGGAGAUCACAGGAUGAAUGCCACAGUCGUACUGCUCCCUGAUGCCCUUCUCUGCAUUGUGUAAUGGUGAAUCCUUCUGCUGGCCAAGAUUAGAAUGAGUCACCCCGGAAUGGAAGAAUGAUGAAUCACCGCACGGCCCCCUUCAUGAAUUCCAGCAAGAACGUGGAUUUGAAGAUAAUUAUCAUAGGCGCACUGGGGGUGGGGAAAACUUCCCUCCUGCACCAGUUUGUGCACAAGACAUUCCAUGAAGAUUAUCGGACUACUCUGGGAGCCAGUAUCCUAUCUAAGCACAUCAUGGUGGACAACACCCCCCUAAAACUGCAGAUCUGGGACACCGGGGGUCAGGAGCGGUUCCGGUCCAUGGUGUCGACGUUCUAUAAGGGCUCAGAUGGCUGUAUGCUGGCCUUCGACGUUACAGAUCUGGAGUCCUUCGAGUCCUUGGAUGAUUGGAGAGAGGACUUCCUGGAGAAGAUAAUCCCCACAGAGCAGGGCUUCCCCAUGGUGGUGCUGGGAAAUAAAAUCGACUUAAAUGAACGGCAGGUGUCCAAGGAGACAGCUUCAUUCUGGUGCAAAGAAAAGGACAUCCCGUAUUUUGAAGUCAGUGCCAAGAACGAUAUCAACGUAGUGCAGGCCUUUGAGACGCUCGCAAGGCAGGCCCUGUCGAGGUACCAAGAGAUGCUCGAGAACUAUUUAACAGACUCCAUCAAGCUCACUCCUGACGACCAGCCCAAGAAGAAAUGCUGCUGAAUGAGACAUUUGGAGACACCUGACAUCAUGUCUCUGAGUCCUCGCUCGGCACCGAAAUCGCUGAACCGACUCCAUUCACUUCCGGUUUUGUGUUCAGCCGCAGGAGAUGACCACAGUGAUCCGGUUCCACAUUGCACAGCCAAGCUGACAAAUCUCGUGACAUUUACCGAGUGCAGAGAAGAGACCAGCCUUUUCUCUACAUGCCUAGAUUGGACUAACCCAGCCAGACCACACCUGGCUGCUCCUAUGCAUCGGGACCCUUACAGCUUCAUUAACCUUCUAACCACCCAUUUCAAAGCCUUGCACUGGCCUUCUAAACCUGGCUCUGUGCAGUCAGUGCUGAGUCCAGGUGGCCCAGCUACCUUCCCAGGGCUGUGGCUGGCUCAGUGACCUCACUCACCUGCUAUCUCUCUGCUCUAGUUACACCUGUUGACACUCAGGCAGGUCACAGUGGAUUAGUGGCUCACCCUCUGGCACUUGACCAGGCAUUCCCAACACACACCUGAAUUGACAGUGCUAGGCAAGGCAGGGCUGUGCUGUCACUCCCCUGCAGGCUGGGCCUCACUAGAGAAUGUAAUCUCAGUCGCCGCUGUUUGAACGCAAAACAGAGACAUUUGUUCGCCAGAUACCCAGUGUUUAAACUAACACCCUCACAGUCUGCACUUGAUAUUAAACAGGCGUAAGCUACUUAUCCCCAAGGGAGGGAAGGGUGGAUGGUCUAGUGGUCAAAGCACAGGCCUGAGAGCCAGGAGCGUCUACAUUCGAAUCCCAGCACUGACACACAUUGCCCUAGGCAUAACCUUUCUGUGCCUUAGUUUCUCCCCACCUGUAAAAUGGUAGGGGAGCGUGAUAACUCUCUCUCACCCAGCGAUGAGGUUGUUUGUAAAGCACUUUGACAAUGAGCUGGGCUGUGUUGUUUUAUUGGCAGGGUGUUUUUUAAAGGAAUACUUUUAAAGGGAGGCAGUGGGGCCUACUGGCUAGAGCACUAGACUGGGUCACAGGAGACCUGGGUCCUAUUUCCAGCUCAUCUGCUAGUCUGCUGGGUGACCUUUGGUAAGUCACUUCACCUCCCCGUGCUGCAGUAGCCCCAUCUGUAAAAUGGGGAUAAUGAUGAAACGUGCUAGAUAAGAUUUAGGCAUGAUUACUAUUUUAUUAAUCACUUAAAAAGGGGAGGCAUGGAUCAGAUUUUGACACAAGCAAGGAGAUUGAGCAGAACUCGAAAAGGGAAAGUGACAGAAAGCGAAAUUUUGGGAUCUGUGCAGAUCUGUGACUGUCCUGAAGGGUCUCCCUGCUCAAGUGCCUGGAUUUCUAUCUCCACCUGAGAAUGAUGCCCAAUUUUCUGCUUUUAUUGCCCUGUGGGGUUCGGAUUAAUCUUUGGGUGUUAAAGACACAAGGGCUGGACUAAGCCCGUAAUGUGAAACUGACACAUGAAUUUAGGAUUUUCAGUGAUCCCAGGACAGGAGUAGUGGGAGGGAAAGCAGCACAUUCCUACCUCUCGAAGGUGGUUCGUGGCACUUUUAGUUGGUGGCUGUGAGCAGCAGAAGCAGCUGCCACGUGGAACUUGGCCAACGCUUGCGGAAUUGGUGAAACCUGGGUUAACACAGCAGUGAGGCUCACUGGAAGCCAAGCCGCAGGCUGGGGCCAGAGGGCACAGCGGUGUAUCAAUGCUGUUUCCAUGCAGUUUGGCUUUGACUGUGGAAAUCUCAUCCAGCCAUGAAGUCCAGAGGAGCGGUGGACCCCUUCCUGUACACCCUGCCGUGGGCUGUGAUCUCUUCGCAUACACCCGGAUAUGGGCAGAGCCAUGGGCCAGGAUCCCUUCACGUACACCCUGGCAUGGGCCGCGAUCCCUUUGCAAACACCCUGACAUGGGUCGCGCUGCUGAAGGUCAUUGGCCCAGUGUGCUCAAAGCUACUUUAGAGAAAUGUUUCUGGGUUCAGAGAUGACCACAAAACCCCUGUUAAUUUAAAAUCAUUCCCAGCAAAAGUAAAAAAUUUACUCUGAAAUGCUGGGCGUGUGCAUCUUUUUUGUGUGUGGCUCUAAAUAAGAGGAUGUCCUGGGUCGGUUCCCUGGGAGAAGCAAAUUUCACAGUGGUCCUGUGCAGGGGAAUAAGGCAAGCUGGACUGGGACUUCCUUGGAGCAUUUAGUCCAGCUCUGAAGUGUCAGUGUUGGUGGAGAAGUAGAUCCUACUGGAGGGGUGGGGAAUCCCCUUCUUCCACCCCCAGGAGCUGCAAGGAUCCAUUUCUGAAGCCCCUCAAUCUUUGCUGCAGAACUUCUUUUGGUUUCACAUUUCAAACGUGUCUAGCUCCUGCCUCUCUCUCUGAGCCGGGAGUCACAUAAGCCAUAGGACUGGAAGAACCUCCUGGGUCCUGGAGUCCAGUCUCGGGCUAUCUCAGGCCACUGUGAUGCACAAUCCUAUUGUUGUUAUUAUUUGUAUUGCAGCAGCCCCUAGAGACCAGGUCCCAGAAGGCGCUGUGCCAGGUGCUGUACAAACAUCUAACAGAGUCCCUGCACUGGAAAGCUUAUGAUCUAAAUGAGUUCUGAGCCCCUUCUGCAGAUCACAAUGACAUUCCUGAGAAAUUCCAGGAUUUUUCUCUGGGACCAUCGCUAUUUUCCCAGCAGAAAUUUCUUUGACCAAACACCAGUUUUGCAAAGCACAGACAACAACAAAUGGGGAUGGAAGGAGUGUAGAAUGGACGUAACUGAUAAUUGAUCACCAUAUUUGGGGUCAGGAAGGAAUUUUCCCUCAGGUCAGAUUGUCAGCCAGAGAUCCAGGGUCGUCCCCCCCCGCUCCUCCUCCUCCCGGUCAUCUGCAGCCUGAGGCAUGGGUCACUUGCUAGUUUGAACUAGAGUAAAUGGUGGAAUCUCUAUAGCUUGAAAUCUUAAAAUGUAUGAAAGAUCUGUAUAUGGGCCUGUCAUUCUGCCUUUGGGCACAAGAGGUCGUCAGUACAGUGUGAAGAAAACUUCUAUUGUAUAGCCUUCAUACAAGCUUCGUAGAAUCACAGAAAUGUAGGACUGGAAAGGACCUCGACAGGCCAUCUACCAUUGUCCUGCACUGAGCAGGGCUAAGUAUUCCCUAGACCAGGGAUCCGCAACCUUUCAGAAGUGGCGCGCCGAGUCUUCAUUUAUUCAUUCUGAUUUAAGGUUUCGCGUGCCAGUAAUACAUGUUAACAUUUUUAGAAGGUCUCUUUCUAUGUCUUACAUAUAUAACUAAACUAUUGUUGUAUGUAAAGUAAAUAAGGUUUUAAAACUG